AUGUCGUACAGAAUCGCUGACCCCGAUGAGUACCUGGCCAUUACUGGCAUGGGAAUCAAGAAUGUCCUCAUUACAAAGACAGCUUGGGUGUGGCCAUUUCAAAGAUGCAAACGUUUCAGCGUCCAACCUCACGACUAUGCCAUGAACUUGCAAGCAAUGACCAAGGAAAAGCUUCAAUUCCUCUUGCCUGUCGUCUUUACCAUUGGUCCAGAUGUCAAUGCCCGCGGCGCCAAUGCCAAGGGAGCUCCAAAGCACCCCUCUCAAGAGGCCGGGAACCUGGCCAAUGACGAGGAUCGUGGAGAUGCUCUGAUGAAAUUUGCCAUGCUCCUAGCCGAGUCUGAGACAAGCGCCAAAAGCCAGAACAGACAUGGCCUAGACCAAAUUGUCAAGGGUAUCAUCGAGGGAGAAACCCGUGUGCUCGUGUCGAGCAUGACCAUGGAGGAGAUCUUCACCGAGCGAGAGGAGUUCAAGCGCCGCAUCUUCCGCAACAUCCAAGUAGAGCUUGACCAGUUCGGUCUCAAGAUCUACAACGCCAACGUCAAGGAGUUGAAAGAUGCCGAGGGCUCUGUCUAUUUCCAGUCGCUGUCUCAAAAGGCUCAUGAGGGAGCAACGAACCAAGCAAGAAUAGACGUAGCCGAUGCACAGCUCAGGGGUAAUGUCGGUGAGGCAGAACGCCAUGGAACACAAGAGCAGGAGAUUGCCAAGAUCAAUGCCGACACAGCCGUCAAAAAGACAGAGCGAGAUGCCGAGCGCGCACGUGCUGUGGCCUCUCUAAAGACCCAAGAGGCAGCGCUGAACCGAGAUGUCGAACUAUCCCGCAUCGAGGCCAACCGAGCCACCCAGUCCAAGGAUGAAGAUCUCAAGAAAGAGGUCGAGAUCAAGCGUGCCGCUGCCGAACUUGAGCGUCUGCGUGCAACAGAUCUGGUCAAGGCACAAAUCAAGAAGGAGUCUCAGCAACAGGCGGCCGAUGCAAAGGCCUACGAAAUUACUGUGGAUGCCCAAGCCAAGUUUGAGCAGACCACCAGAGCUACAGACGCAACAGCCUACAAGACCAAGAUCGAUGCCGAGACUCAGGCAACAGCAGACUACAACCGGCUGACGAAGCACGCUGAUGCUUCAGCCUACGGUACCAAGACGGACGCCGAGGCCAACUCUUUUGCUGCCGUCAAGAACGCCGAAGCACGCCUGCAGGAGAAGUUGAAGGAAGCUGAGGGUCUAGCUGCCAUGGCAGAGGCGUACGGUAGGCUAGGCCAAGCAUUCGGUGGCCCCGCCGGUCUCUUGCAGUACAUGAUGAUCGAGAAGGGCACCUACGUUGAACUCGCCCGUGCCAACGCUGAGGCAAUUCGUGGAUUGGAGCCCAAGAUCAGUGUCUGGAACACGGGUGCUGCUGGCGAUGGAGCCACUCAGGAUAGCGCCGCCACUAUGCGCAACGUCUACCAGAUGCUGCCCCCAUUGAUGACCACAAUCAACGAGCAGACUGGAAUUACACUGCCUGAGUGGCAAUUCGGUCGCCUGGCGGGUGAAAUGACCAAUGGCGUGAACAAGAACGUUAGCGCACCAAAAAUCAAUGGGAGUCACCGUUCGGAGUAG